ACACAUAUACAUAUUUAUUUCAUAUUAAAAUGUCAUAGAGUCAAGCUAAAUGUAUCUUCCACACUUGGAAUAUAGGGAAUAUGUCUGAUCAGUGAGUUUCCAAAACAAUUUGGCUUAAUAUAAUUGAUAAGGUUUAGGAAUUGAUUUUACCAGCUUACCAAUUGAUUUAUUAAUAAUUCAUCCUAAAAAGUGUCCACCGUUCAUAUAUUGGUUAUUUUCCAUCUGAAAAUGUUAUUUUUAAUCUAGAUUGUGGUAGUAUAGGUAAAUUAAAUAAUUGUAUUUGAAAUUGUAACUCUUUGCCAAUUAGACUAUUGAGCCCAUUCAAUUUGACAAAAUAAGUGGUAACUGUAUAGAUACUGAAGAAAGAUUUUAGCAGUGGUUAAAAUAAUUAUCUUUUUCCCCUGCUCUGCCCCUUGGAGGGAGGUAAUGUUAUUCUUAGAAUACUGCAUUUAUGAUGUUUAUUCUGCCUGCUUAUUAUAGAAGAGAUUAUUAUUACUAAUUUAGUUAGAGAAUUUUUCCAUGCCUCUUAGUUUCGUCUUGCUUUAAAUAUUUCACAAACCAUAGACGAUUUUGGUGCAUUGCAGCUAAGAUGAAAACAUGUCAGAGUCUAGCAUAUUUUUUUAAAUAUAGAAAACCAUCUCUAGCAUGCUUUUGUUCAAAAAUUAAUUACUGAUGAUUUAAAACAUAGUUUCCAGAUUAUACUAAGUCAAAUAUAUUUAUAUAUGAUUAAUAUUAUUUGUUUAAACCAAGUGAUAUUUCUAUACGGGGUUUUUUUUUUUUUUUGCUUUUCAUGUGAAAGAAAUAGGGUAAUUUCACUAAUAUAACAACAGUGUUGUGUAUAGUAAAGCUGCGAUCUAGAACAACGGCCCUCAACCUUUUGAGUACUAGGGACUAGUUCCCUGAAGGAGGUUUCUCCGCGGACCAGAAGGGGGCGCAGUUUCGCAUGCUACCUGCAUCCCGUGGGUGGGGCUUCGCUUGUUUGCGCGUCUCGGUUUCUGUCAUGCCACAGCCCAGUGCCAGUCCACAGACAGGGGGUUGGAGACCCCUAAAAAUUAAUUGUAGUAUAGGUACUAUAAACAAGUCAGAGUAUAUAUAGAAAAAAAUCUAAAAUUGGCUUGAAUGAUUGAUAGUUCUUCAAAUUCCUAUGGUAAGAGUUUUUAAUCUUCUCUUUCCAUGAGACUUACCCCAAUGUUGUAUUACCUCUAAACUCAAUGAAAAUGGAAAGUUUAAGAAAGCCAUUGCAGUUCAUUGAAUUUUAAAUGGGAAUGUGUGCAAGGAGUAAGAGUUAGUUACAUUCUCUAUUGUUGGGUUUCCAAAUAUUGGGAUUUAUUUAAAUCAAGAUUUAAAUCAAAUCCUUAAAUAGCAUAACAUUUGUGCUUUGUGUUUUUUAAAGCUAAAAUAUUGGGAUUUAGAAGUAUGUUUUAAAGGGAACAAGACAUUUAGUGUUCUUCAGUAGUGAAUAAAAACUUGAUAGGUAGUGUCUCCAUUCUAUAAGAGUUUUGUGGAUAUUUUCUUACAGUAUGUUGUUCUAACUCCCAGGGGCAGUCUUCAGCAAAGCGGCAAGGAAAGGUUAAAAAGGAUAUAAUUUCAGUUCAUUAUCAUUUGAUCCCAUCCCCAAUAAAAAGUAAGAAUGGAAGCAAGGAUAAAGAGAAGGAUUCAGAAAAAGAUAUAAACAAUGAAUUUGCAGAAGCUUUAAGAGAUUUAAAGAUACAGUGGAUGACAAGGUUUGAUACCAGUGAUAUAUACAACGAACUGAAAGAGACCUUCCCUAACCAUCUCCCCUUAUAUGUCGCAAGACUUCAUCAACUGGAUUCUGAAAAGGAGCGAAUGAAAUGUUUAAAUGAAAUAAUUGAAGCUUCUAAUACAGUGAUAUCUCAUAUUGAUCAAACAGCCCUUGCUAUUUAUCUUGCUAUGAAGACUGAUCCCAGACCUGAUGCUGCUACUAUAAAAAAUGAGAUGGAAAAGCAGAAAUCUACCUUAGUAGAUGCUCUCUGUCGGAAAGGAUGUGCGUUAUCAGAUCAACUUCUGCAGUUACAGGCCCAGGAAGGGGCUGCAUCAAGUGAAACUGAAUGUAAAGAUGAUAACCAAAAAGCCAUCUUGAAUACUCUGACAGAGACUUUCUGGGAAACAUCAAAAUGGACUGACCUGUUUGACAGCAAGGUUUUGCUCUUUGCUUACAAGCAUGCACUGGUAAACAAGAUGUACGGCAGAAGUCUCAAAUUUGCAAAUAAACUUGCAGAGGAGAAACCCACCAAAGAAAACUUGAAGAACUGUAUACAGUUAAUGAGGCUACUCGGAUGGACUCACUCUGCGUCUUUUAGUGAAAACUGGCUUCCUGUGAUGUUCCCACCUGAUUAUUGUGUGUUUUAAAAUACUGCAGUUGUGAAUUCAAGAUGUUCUUAUAUUGACUAAAUAUAACUUACUGGAUUGCAUGUUUUUCAUCUAUUACUGAAUGCUUCACUCGUAUGUAUUAAUCAGAGGAUAAGGGGCUACAGUAUAUUUGUGUGGUUUGGGUCCAGACACGAUCCAAACUGAAUUUAAACUGAAUUCUUAGUUCCUUGAGUAGUUCAUUUGCUUCAGAAGUGAAAAUUUAAACACAAAACCUAUUGCAUACAUCACAUUGCUGGCAAUGGAUGUUUGAGAAGAGCCAGCACCAAAGUUUAGAAAAUGAAAGUGAAAUAGCUUCUUGCAUGUGUGUGUGGAUCUUAACUGUUUGUAAUUUUAAUCAUAAGGCUAUACAAGCUGUUAUUUUUACAAUGAACAGGAUUUUAACAUGUUUAAACAUAAACUUUCAAUUGUAUGAAGGCCUUAAAUGAAGCUACAACAAAAGUAGCUAAAAACUUAUUUAUUAGAUUUACUAAUAACAGAACUUAAUUACCAGUAUCAUUUGCAAGAGUUUACAUUUUGUUUUAUUUUUUAAAAGAAUAACUUCCACACUUACUAACAAUGUGUUCUGAAUUACUGGUGCAAAGGUGCUCUUGGAUAUCUUCACUUUGGAGAUACUCACAAAUAUCCACAUGAUGCAAAGUAUCGGCAAAAAACCGAUGCAUGUAUAAAGUGUCAGUCAACACUUAAUCAGGUAUUGUAAAACUUAUACAUACAUGUUAAUAAUGUUUGAAAAACAAAAAAAAACUGCAGAAUAAAUAUGCAGAUUUAAAUAUCAAAGCUUUGAGUACUCAUGGUUUAAUUUUUUUUAAAAAUAAAAUAUCGAAUAAAUUUGAAAUCUGUUUUAAUUUUUCAGCAAUGUGGCUCUGUCAGGGGACUAUACACUCACAUUUUCUUGUAUUCUAAUCAGACGUAGUGCAAA